CCGAGGCUGACUCGUGCGCUCUGGCUUCCCGCUGGCCAUGGCAGCGGCGCUGGCGGUGGCGCUCCCCGCCCUGCUGGCCUUCGCCUUGGUCAGCUCGGGCCCUUGGCGGCUGCCGGGCCCCGAGCCGCCUCCGGGCUUGCUGCGGGAACUGGAGGGGCGGCAGCGGGACCUGGGCCGCUUGGCCGCUGUCAUCCGGGCGCGCGUUUCCCCUGCGUCGUCGUCGUCGCCGCCGCCUCCUCCUGCCUUGGGUUGCGCGGACGUGGAGGGCGCGGCGGGCGUCAGCCUGGUGGGCUCCGGCAUCACCAAAGUGGUCGUGAGAGCCGCGUUGCCGCCCGCCGGCCGGGAGGUCGCCCUGAAGUCCGUGCACGGCGGCGGCCGCGACGUCAACCGCUGCGUGCAGCGCUACGGGCACCCGGCGGGUUGCCACCGGCUGGCCGCUUACAAGCUGCUCAAGGAGGCGACGCUCCUCCAGAGCCUGGAGCAUCCCGGCAUCAUCGAGCUGAGAGGUCAAUGCUAUGAUGGUAGUGCCGAUCCUGAAAUGAAGAUCACCACUAUCCUGGAGCUGGGAACACCCUUGGAGAUGAUUGAACUUCUGCAGACCCCCUGGGAAAAGAGAUUUAAAAUCUGUCUAGAUCUGGUGGAAUUGCUCUACUACUUGGCAAAUUCUCCCCUGGGUUCCAUCACCCUCCUGGAUUUCCAGCCUAGACAGUUUGUGAUCGUGGAUGGGGUCCUGAAGGUGACUGACCUGGAUGACGCAAGCACUGAGGAACUGUCGUGCCAGACAGAUGAGGACUGUGUGUUAGAAUUCCCCACGAAAAACUUUUCUCUCAAAUGUACCAUGCGUGGGAAGUGCGAAGGAAUCAACGAGAGAAGAAAUCUCUUCAAUGCCUACCGGUAUUUUUUCACUUACCUCUUACCACACACGGCGCCCUCUGUUUUACAGCCCAUUCUGAAGGACAUCCUGAAUGCCACAGGUGAUUUACGAUAUGGAGUAAAUGAAACGCUGAGAGCUUUUCAGAAGGUUUUGCAUUUGUACAAGUCUGGACUUUACCUGCAGAAGAAGCCUUCCCAUCUAAAAGAAUAUAUUGCCUUAAAAGGAUUCCAUAGCGGGACUGCAGAGGACUACAAGUGCUGGCCCUCUUAUAGCCACUCGGGGUGUGUGCUCUCGGUUCACAAUGCAGAAGAAGCGGCAGACAUUUGCAGUUCCCAUUCUCAGUGUCAGCAUUUUAUCAUCACUCCACAGAAGACAUGGACAGGGCGUCCGCUCGCUUUGUUUCAAAGCAGCUCGGCUGACUUAAUCCCAGGCGGUAACACGGUGGUUUACAUGAAACGAUCUGCAGUCUCCAGGGGGAAGCCUCUAACAAGAAGCCCGAAUGACUACAGAGAUGUUGGAGAAGAAAUACCCGCCGGGACUAAUUUCGGCCCCCCAGGGAGAUGACACGCUUUACUUCUGCUUAAGAACAUGUUCUCUGUACCAACUUCACUUGUGCCAAAUAGAGUCACUUCCCUGAUCCAAAUCAACAUUCCCCAUGGAAGGCGCAACCCCCUCCAUGAAAAACCUCGCCAAUCUGAUUGUCUUUGCCCAGGCUCAGUGGUACCUGAGAAAUACCUGCUCAGUAGUAGGGAUGUUGACCUCUAGGUGAAGCUUGAGGAUCUACUGGAAUUACAGCUCGUCUCCAGACUACAGAGAUCAGUUCCCCUGGAGAACACGGA